AUGGCGCCUCUGCCUCCUCGCUCGUCGUCUCGCUCUCGGAGCCGCGAGGCUCUUGCGUCGCGUCGCGCGGAGGCCCGCGGACCGCACGGACCCGCGCCUGCGCGGAUGUCGCGAAGCAGGCAAGACAGAGACGACGAGGACGAGGCACAGGCGGCCCUGCGCUUGCUCGACGAGGUGGACGAUGCUGAGGAGUACGUUCCGCUGAAAAAGCGGCGCGAAAUGAAGGCCAAGUUGCUCCAAAAACAAAUGCAGGCUCUCGAGGCGCACCUCGAGCGAGAAGAAGGCGGAGGCGACAGCCUCGAUGAAGAAGAAGACGACGUGAAGAAGAAAAAGGAGAGCAAUGCUGCGCUCUCGCGCGCCCGCGCGGAUUUCCGGAAGACGCUGCUGGCGACUAGCCACAAGCUCCGCGCCGAGGCGGAGGCGCAGAAGAAGGACAUUGAAAAAGAAAUGGAGGAAGAAGAGAAGCGAAUUCUCGAACAGGUGUCGAAGUCGAUGGGGGCGCCGCUGCAGGGCGUGCGCGAGCGAGCGAAAGGGAUCGUGUACACGAGUCGCAUGCAGUCGACUUGGCGGCUUCCAGAUAAAUAUGCAGGGAUGACGCUGGCCGAGGCGAACGAAGUCCGCGAAAGAUUCUUCAUUGACGUGAGCGGCGAGGAUCCGCCGCCGCCUUUUCGGAACUUCAAGGACAUGCGCUUUCCACAGCCCAUUCUCAAAGGUCUGCAAGAGCGCGGCAUCUCUUUUCCGACUCAGAUUCAAAUGCAGGGCAUUCCAGCGAUCCUCCAAGGGCGAGACAUCAUCGGCAUCGCCUUCACCGGCAGUGGAAAGACUCUCGUCUUCUCGCUUCCGAUGAUCAUGGGAGCACUCGAGUCCGAAACACGGGCAGCGUACCUCCCCGGGGAAGGCCCCUUCGGCCUCGUGGUGUGCCCGUCGCGUGAGCUGGCGAGUCAAACGAAUGACGUCUGUUCCUUUUUCUGCAAAAAACUCGAGGAGGGCGGCUACCCGGCGCUCCGAUGCUUGUGCGUCAUUGGCGGCUGCAGCGUGGUCGAGCAGGCCAGAGAGGUGCGCCAAGGCGUUCACUGCAUCGUCGCGACUCCGGGAAGGCUGACCGACAUGCUGAACAAAAGACGGCUCUCGCUUCAACAGUGCGAGUAUCUCUGCUUUGAUGAGGCAGACAGAAUGGUAGAUAUGGGUUUCGAAGAAGAGGUGCGGAAUGUGCUGGACAGUUUCGGUCACCAGCGGCAGACGCUUCUCUUCUCUGCGACGAUGCCGCGAAAAAUUCAAGAAUUCGCAAAGUCGGCUCUGAUCGAUCCCCUCGUGGUCAACGUCGGACGCGCCGGCGCUGCUAAUCUGGACGUCGUGCAAGAGGUUGAGUACGUGAAGCAGGAGAACAAGCUACCGUAUCUUCUCCACUGUCUGCAGAAGACCGCGCCGCCAGUGUUGAUUUUCUGCGAGAACAAAAAGGACGUGGACGACAUCCAGGAGUAUUUGCUGCUGAAAGGCGUCGACGCCGCGGCCGUGCACGGCGGCCUGGCACAGGAGGAACGCAGCGACGCCGUCCGAGCUUUCAGGGAAGGGCGGAAGGAUGUGCUCGUCGGCACGGACGUCGCCUCUAAGGGUCUGGAUUUCCCCGCGAUUCAGCACGUGAUAAACUUCGACAUGCCGAAAGAAAUCGAAAACUACGUCCACCGCAUUGGGCGAACAGGCCGCUGCGGCCGGACGGGCGUCGCGACUACCUUCGUGAACAAGAACCAAGAGGAGACAGUCCUCCUCGAUUUGAAGGCUCUGCUCAUUGAAGCGGGGCAACGCAUUCCACCCUUCCUCGAGGCUCUCGAUUCCCGAGGUCUGAACUUGAAGGAAAUUGGCGGAGUCCGUGGAUGUGCGUAUUGCGGCGGUCUCGGGCACCGCAUCGCCCAGUGCCCCAAACUCGAAACUCAGAAACGACAGACGCAAGGGGCAACUGGAAAAGACUUCCUCACUUCCGGCUCCCGUUACGGCAAUACAGCCCAAUACGGCGGAGACUGGUGA